AUGCGUCCUCACCCUGUUGUUACUGUUACCGCUGAUGAGGCUGAUAUUGAUUGGGGUGCAGUAACGCUUGCUCACAUGUAUCGCCAACUGGGUAUGGCGACAAGGACUGGGUGCAAGACUAUUGCUGGUUGCCUGACACUGUUGCAGACAUGGAUUUACGAGUACUUCCCAGCCUUCCGCCCCCAUCCGCGUCAAGCUGACAUGCCGAACAAGACAAGGGCAGAGAUGUGGUCCCCGCCGAAGCCAAUCCGCGAGCUGAGCAGACUGAUAGACUGUAGGAGCAUACUGGAUGCCAUGACAGAGGCACAGGUGGAGUGGACUCCGUACUUGACUUAUGAUAGGUCUUUAUUGAACGAGCACCCACGUACCUCGUAUAUCGGUGGUAUCACCUGUUUCGAUAUCGUGGAGGUCUAUUUGCCUGAGAGGACAGUGAGGCAGCUCGGUUUUGCACAGGAGAUUCCCUCGGCUCCGCUGAGACCUACCCAAGCUCUGCGACCAGCACAGGGUUCCCUUACUGUGCCCGCGUAG